AUGCGAGAAGACCUGAGAGGACUCCCAGAGGCUUACAUCCUGACCGCCGAGUAUGACGUCUUGAGAGAUGACAGCAUCAUGUACGCCAAGCGUCUGGAGAAGGCGGGAGUGCCAGUCACUUGGAAGCAUUAUCCGAACGGCUUCCACUCCAUGUUUAGCGGAACAAACGGAGUCUUUUGGCUCUCCGUCGGCCGAUCUAAGUUUAUGUCUAACCCGUUUGAUACCCACAAGCAUCAACAACUGGCUAGAGAGGCGAUACAGAGCGAACAAGCGGGCAAUCUCGCCGAGAGUAUACCGUACACAGACACGGUGCUUGACGGGGUACCAGUCCGGAUAUUUGCCGUGAGCAAACCGGAGGGAAGAACCGAUAAACGGCCGGCCAUCGUCUUCUAUCACGGCGGCGGCUGGGUCAUGGGUAGCCCUGUUGGCAAAGGAACUGAAUGCUGUGGUGCUUUCAGUCGAUUACCGACUGGCGCCCAAAUAUCCGUUUCCCGCGCCGCUAGACGACUGCACAGUUGCUACGGUCUGGUUCCUGAAGCACCUGAGCGAUUACACGUCGACCCUACCAGGAUUGCUGUAAUGGGAGACAGUUCAGGUGGGAACCUAGCUGCAGCGGUGGCACAACGCCUGACCUUUGACCAAACCUUCGACUUUACCACCCCCUCCUACCAAAGGAAUGGCAACUACUGGGUUCAGCUCAACAAGCCACUCAUGACCAUGAUGUGGAGCAAGUACCUUGGCAAAGAUGUGGGGCCGGCGAUGAAGACUAACAAGCACACCUCUUCGGCCGCAAAAACAUCCCCACUGGCCCACAAUUCAAACAGACUGGCCUACGAAGCUCCUUCAACUAACUUCGGUGAUGAGAGCAUCUACAAUGAGAUCAAAGAGGUUCUCCUGGAUCCAGACUACGCUCCUCUCAUGCGAGAAGACCUGAGAGGACUCCCAGAGGCUUACAUCCUGACCGCCGAGUAUGACAUCUUGAGGGAUGACGGCAUCAUGUACGCCAAGCGUCUUGAGAAGGCGGGAGUGCCAGUAACUCUGAAGGAUUAUCUAAGAGGUUUCCAUGGUAUGUUCGGCACCGGCCCAGUUGCCCGUUAG